UUAGGUCGAGUGUGCCCUCAGACACGGAUAACGCAAAACCUCUAGUCUUCCCAAAAUCCACCACCUCACAACAACGACGACGACGACGAUGGCUCUUUCCACUGGAAUCUUCUCUACCUCCUUCCUCUGCGCCAAAACGGCGCCGUUCCGCAGCUCACCGUCUCUCCGCGUUUCCCCUCAUCCGGCUAACCUGCGCUUGGUGCGAGCCGUGACCUCCGCGACGGCGGCGUCGUCCUCCGAGCCGUCAACCACCAAGGUUCGGGAGCCUCGCGGAAUCAUGAAGCCUCGCCCAGUGUCCCCCGAGAUGCAGGACGUCGUCGGUGAGCCGGUGAUUCCUCGCACGCAGGCUCUCAAACGCAUUUGGGCCUACAUCAAGGAGCGCGACCUUCAAGAUCCACAAGACAAGAAGGUUAUAAUCUGCGACGAGAAGCUGAAGAAGAUAUUUGCAGGCAAAGACCGUGUCGGCUUCUUGGAGAUUGCAAAGCUCAUCGGUCCUCACUUCCUCUGAAUGAAAAUUCGGCUGAGAGAUGACUAUCAAUCACUAGCGUAUGGUUCGGUGUGAGCUAUCAAGAUAUCAUAUUAUAAUAUUAGUAACGUUAGGUUUAAGAACUUUUAUGCAACAAAGUAGUAGUCAAUGCCUUCGGACAAUAUCUUUUGCUUUUGCUGGUUAUGUCUUAUUGCUUCCGACUGCAGUUCAAAUUAUCUUUGUUGUCUUAGGACUUGAACAACUCUUUGAUGCAUCGUUUCUCCAUAUUGUCAAAAGGCCUACCAUUUUAAUUUA